AUGGGAGCAUGGUAUGAAGAGUUAUUAGAAGCAAUAAUGUUCAGAUUUGUGGCGGGUGUAUUUGUGUUAAGGCUAGAAUUGGAAGUAGAUAUAGGUUUUACUGGUGGUAAUGUUUUGGAACUGCGAGGACAGAAACUCGAGGACCGGAUAUUGAUAAUUGCCGAACAAGAAGAAGCUGAUGAGUUUAUCAUUGGACUUCCAAAAUCUUCCGACGGAAAUGAAACGACACAGUCAAACAUAGUACGUAGUGUUGCUGGAAGGCUGGCUGUUCGAGCUGCUGAGAGGGGUUGGAGAGUAUAUCUACACGAUGAACAUGGAACAACAGCAGAUGCCAUUGAUCGAAUGGUCAACAUGGGCUUGAGUAAGUCUACUAAACAGAAGAAACUUGAUGCAUAUGCUGCCACGAUGUUACUUGAGAGAUAUUUCUCGACAUCAGGUAAGAAAGCUGGACUUGUUUUGCCGAAGAAUCUUGAAUUACAAGAAAAACUUAGAAAGGGUCCUCCGGAAGAUGAAGAUUUUUUCUUCGACGAAGAUUGAUUACAGAAUAAAAGAGUUCAUACCAUUCCAUCAUUCUUGUUCACCAAGUUCAAAUGUGCACGAGGAAGUUGCAAGAAAAGUGGAAGAUAUUCAAAUGGCAGAUUUGGUAUGUUUGGAUUCCCAGUAUAGGAUGUAUGCAGUAAACAUUGAUAGAAUACUCAA